AUAAACCCUUGCCAGGUAACUUUGGUAUUAUAGUGGAUGAUGAUGGCGAUUCCGAGCCGCCGAUUCGCCACCGGAGCUUCUUCCUUCGUGCGGUGGCUCUCCACGGAGGCGAAGCCGGCCGCGGCGCAGCUCCAACAGGAGGACAGUCUGUACCGGAGAUUGUCUAAAUUAGGGCGUAAUGAAGGAGCAGUAGCAAGUACCAUAAAUGAGUACAUAAGGGAGGGCAGACCUGUCAAAAAAUUUGAGCUCGAUCUCUGUGUCAAGGAACUCCGUAAAUACAAAAGAUACAGCCACGCUCUCGAGAUAAUAGAGUGGAUGGAGGCUCGGAAGUUUAACUUUGGUCAUAAAGAUUGUGCAGUGCGCUUGGAUCUGAUAGGGAAAGCUAGGGGAUUAGCUGCAGCUGAAAAUUACUUCAGCGGCCUCUCUCCGUCUGCAAAAGUCCCUUGCACUUAUGGAUCACUUCUAAAUUGCUACUGUAAGGUGAAGAUGACUGAUAAGGCCCUAAAUCUCUUUAGUAAAAUGCUCAAAGAGAACAUGAUAUCCAAAGCACUGCCUUUUAACAAUAUUAUGUCCCUGUUUAUGAGAUCAGGGCAGCCCGAGAAGGUGGCUUCCUUAGCAGAAGAAAUGAAGAAAAUGAAUAUUAAGCCAGACACCUUUACUUACAACUUAUUGAUGAAUAGUCAUUCUUGUUUAAAUGAUAUUGAGGGAGUAGAAAGAGUUUUUGAAGAGAUGAAACAAGAAAAUGAAAAGCAAUGUAAUUGGACGACAUAUAGUAACAUGGCAGUUCUCUAUAACAGGGGUGGGCAUCGGGAAAAAGCUGUGUUGGCUCUGAAAAAUCUAGAGAAGGCAAUGAGUUUGAAAGAUCGUGAGGCAUACCAUUUCUUGAUAAGCUUGUAUGCUGGACUUUCUGAUCUUCACAAUGUUCAUCGUAUUUGGAAGUCCUUGAAGUCGUCAAUGAGAACAGUGACAAAUAUGAGUUAUCUUAUCAUGCUUCAAGCUCUUAGCAAUCUGAAUGACAUAAGCGGGAUGAAGAAAUGCUACGAGGAAUGGAGGUCAGUCUGUUCCAGUUAUGACAUUAGGUUGGCUAAAGUAGCUAUUGGUGCUUACCUGGCACAUGAUAUGCUUGGGGAAGCUGAGUCAGUCCUACAGGAUGCACUUGAAAGAUCAAACGGACCUUUCUUCAAGGCAUGGGAAACAUUCAUGAUUUUCUUUCUGAAAAAACAUCAAAUACAGCAAGCUUUGCAGUUCAUGGAAAUUGCUACAUCUGAAGCUUGUGACAAUGAAUGGCGUCCGAGAUGUGAUACCAUUGAUGGAUUUCUUAACCACUUUAAGGAACAGGGCGAUGUCACUAGUGCUGAGGAAUUCUACCAGUUCAUGAAGAGGAUAAAUUGUGUCGAUAGCCGUGUUUAUGAAUCACUACUUCAGACCUAUGUGGCUGCUGGUAGAACACUGUCUGAUAUGCGUGCAAGGAUUGAGGGGGAUCGGGUUGAGAUAAGUAGUAAGCUCCAAGAUUUGCUUGCAAGUGUUUGCCCUGAAUGAUAAUGCAUGUAUGUGGCUUCUUAUCAUAUUCUCCAAGCCCGUGUGAACUCGGGAUGGAGAGGAUUCUGAUGUCAAAGUAUAGGUAUUGAGCAAUGAAAUCGCAUUCUUUAGAGAUUUCACAUAGGCAGAGUCAGGUACCAAUAGCAAAUUAGGUUCUGAAAUUUUCACCAAGAACAAAAGUCUGAGUUAGAUAUCAUGCACCUAAGUUGGAAUUUGCGUGCUCAUCAAGUUUGGGGGGUUCUCGAAAAGUUGACAUUGCUGAAUACUUGAAUUGAGAUUUUGGAUUAUUAUUGUGGAA